UUUUCUGAAUAACCGUUGGUCACACUGGAAACGAAAAGUGACUAGCAUUUUUGGAGAAAAUAACGCAAAUAGCGUCGAAAACAUUGUUUAAAAGCCAUUUCAUUAAUAUAAAAAAAUCAAAAUGUCUGCUCCUGAUAAGGAAAAGGAGAAAGAGAAGGAGGAGACCAACAACAAGGGCGAAGAUUUGGGUCUGCUGGAGGAGGACGAUGAGUUCGAAGAGUUUCCCGCCGAAGAUUUCCGUGUUGGCGACGACGAGGAGGAACUGAAUGUAUGGGAGGAUAACUGGGAUGAUGACAACGUGGAGGACGAUUUCAGCCAGCAGUUGAAGGCCCAUCUGGAGAGCAAGAAAAUGGAGACGUGAACCGGCCCCGACCUCUUUGUUCAAUCCUAACCAUAAAAACGAGCUAAGCUGUUUUGCAGUUUAUAGAAUAAAAUCAGUAUAUUAAGUUGAA